UCCAUCUGUUCCUCUCACCUCUCCACCUCCAUCACCAGAACCAUGACCUGCUGUGGCUGUUCUGGAGGCUGUGGCUCCAGCUGUGGGGGCUGUGGCUCCAGCUGCUGCUGUGUGCCUGUGUGCUGCUGUGUGCCAGCCUGUUCCUGCUCCAGCUGUGGCAAAGGGGGCUGUGGCUCCUGUGGGUGCUCGAAGGGGGGCUGUUCCUCCUGUGGGGGCUGUAAGGGCAGUUGUGGUUCUUGUGGGGGCUACAAGGGUGGCUGUGGCUCCUGUGGUGGCUGCAAGGGUGGCUGUGGCUCCUGUGGUGGCUGCAAGGGGGGCUGUGGCUCUUGUGGGGGCUCCAAGGGAGGUUGUGGCUCCUGUGGUAGCUGCAAGACCAGCUGUUGCCAGUCCAGCUGCUGCAAGCCCUGCUGCUGCCAGUCCAGCUGCUGCCAGUCCAGCUGCUGCAAGCCCUGCUGCUGCCAGGCUAGCUGCUGCAAGCCCUGCUGCUGCCAGUCCAGCUGCUGCAAGCCUUGCUGUUGCCAGUCCAGCUGUUGCAAGCCCUGCUGCUGCCAGUCCAGCUGCUGCAAACCUUGCUGCUGUCAGUCCAGCUGUUGCAAGCCCUGCUGUUCCCAGUCCAGCUGCUGUGUCCCUAUCUGCUGCCAAUGCAAGAUCUGAGACUUUGGGUACAAAUCUCAUUUGGGUCCUACAAAUCUGGCUCUCUAGAAAUGACUGGAUUUGUGUCCUAAACUCCUGAAGAAACAUUCUGGAUCUAUCCUAUCUGAGCUACAGCAGCCUCCAUCCAGCAGUGCAGUGAUGGAGCAUCCCACCUCCUGUGCUCUGCCCACCUUUCCUCCUGAAUCUGCCCUGUUCCUUCCUGAUUUCAUCACUCCAACCUUCCCAGGCCAUAUCACAUGCUGGGAGAAUCCCCAAUCUGGAUGCCUCUGGCAGGGCUACUCUUCUUCCCUGCACCUGACUCCUGCUUCUUUUAUCUUUAUGUCACUCUGAGCUGCCUCAACUCAGACUGCUUUUAGAGUAUAUCUAGAGGACACAAUGGCAUGGGAAACCCCAGAUCUGACUCCUGAGAACCUUCGCUUCUUUCUUGAAUAUAACCAACUUCCUUUUCCUUAACCAGCUUCUAUUCACUCUUUGUUAAAUGCUCUGAAUCUAUUGAAUAAACACUCCAUGACU